AUACUUAAAUGUUUGCGGAGGGUUAUGAGUUCUGACACAAAUACUUGACUGGUGUGUGCAUGAUAAUUAUGUCGUUAGUAGUAUGGUGGUCAGAAUUUUGCCUUCUAAUCAAAAUACCACUGCUACUAAAUAUGAUAUGUUAUUUCUGAUAGUUGCAGUUGUUUCUGUUUUCGAGGAGGCUAAAAGGCCAUUGAGCAUUUAAACCCUUGAUUUUUAGCCUUCGGAUUGUGAUUAGCCUUUAUGAAAAUAAUUGAGAAUGUUUGAACAUUAGAGAUAAACUUGCUCUUUUCUUCAAUUUAAUAUGUUUACAUUUUAGCUUAAUGUUUGAAUCAAAGAGCAACUUUUGUUUUGUUUUGUUAAGUAAGUUAUUUGGAAUGACCAUUUCAGUGCUGAUAAUUUUAUGUUGCUCUACUAUUGCAAUGGUUCAACGAUUCCUCUUCAAAUUACUAUUGUGUUCUUGGCCUACUUCUGAAGAACGAGGCACACAUGUUAAUGGGUUGAUGUCGGUAAGAGUUUCGCUAUCAAUUUUUUCGGCCUACCUCCGGCCAAGGGGCCGGGUCAUAGGCUAGUAGCUUCAUUAAAUGAUAAGGCAAAUCAAAUUAAACUAUUAGAAGUUUAGAACCCAAAAUCUUUUUCUCUUGUGUUAAUUCCCUCAUCAUUCUUCACAUGCCUCGACGAACUUCUCCGCACCAAUAAUACGAAACAGAGGUUUUGGCGGGGUUCGAAACUGCAGUCGUUUACCUCUUUUAUCGAUCUCCAAGGCAUAUAGGGUUUUGCACCAUCGGCGAUUCGGCGUAAAAGGUUUACUAGUCAGCGUCUUUGUGGUUUGCUAUUGACACAGUAACUGCCCGAGCUGGAACCGAAAGAAGAAGACGAGCAGCAGCAGAAGGAGAAGAAAAACAGGAGGAAAAGGAUGUGGUAUCUUUGCGUGUUCUUCCAUAGACUGUUGGAUUACAGGCGACCAGAAGUCGAGGCUCUUGCGGAGCUCUUUCAGCACAACUCAAGCAAUGAGCCUCUGGAAUGGAGGGUUCCCGAAAAUCACCAUCCCGAUUCUCCUUUCCAUUUCGUCAAUCUGUCUUCUGAUGACGUCGCCCGAGACAUCGCCAAUCGAAGUUUACUAGUGAAAGGAAUGUAUGAGCUUUGGGGCGAAGGAAGCACACUGGAAGAAUUGGAACAGGCGAUAAAGAGCUACCCGGAUGAGCGAAAGUCACCAUACUUGAGUUCUGAAAGUACUUUUAGGAUCACCGUAGACAGCUUUGGGAAGGUGAUGAGCUUUGAGGAGCAGAAUAACCGUAUUCAGCAACUUGCUUACAUUCCUUUCGAGGGUCGAGUUAACCUGAAACAUCCAGAUCAUAAGUUCUGGCUCAUGGAGACUGAUGACCAUGGGGGUAACAAUGGACUGCCACCAGUUGUUCAAAAAAGAAUCUUUUUUGGCCGUGAGAUAGGUGGUUCUGACAGGACGCUAAUACCCACAUACCAGCUAAAAAGCCGAAAGUAUCUUGGCCCAACAGCAAUGGACGCAGAAAUGGCUUUUUUGAUGGCCAAUCAAGCGCUAGUCAAGCCCGGGAAACUUGUCUAUGACCCUUUUGUUGGAACUGGCAGUAUUCUGAUUGGUGCUGCUCACUUCGGAGCAAUGACAAUGGGUGCUGACAUUGAUAUUAGAGUAGUUCGAGAUGGACGUGGCCCUGACCGCAAUGUCUGGAGCAAUUUCAAGCAGUAUGGACUGCCUAUGCCUGUUGGCCUUCUAAGGGCGGAUAAUAACCUUCCUCCUUGGCGUCCUGGAUUGAAAGAGGUUUUCGAUGCUAUAAUCUGCGACCCACCAUAUGGAGUCCGUGCUGGUGGACGAAAGUCAGGUGGCAGAAAGCUGCUGAAGGGAGUUGUGGGACCAUACACGGUUCCUGAUGACAAGAGAACAGACCACAUACCUUCAACUGCACCAUACAGCUUAGUUGAAUGUGUACACGAUUUGCUAGACCUUGCUGCAAGGAUGCUUGUGAUCGGUGGCAGGCUAGUCUACUUCUUCCCUGUGCUCCGAGAAGAUGAAGCUAAUGUAGGCAAUACCGUCUUCCCAGAGCACCCUUGUUUUGAACUGAUUUCAUCUUCGGAGCAGAUCCUGAGCUCACGUUAUAGUCGGGUUUUACUAACCAUGGUCAAGAGACGCCCUUACACCGAGGAGAUAGCCGAGGCAGCUAGGGUAAAGCACACAGAGUUUCGAGAAAACCACGUCAAGUGGCUAGAAGAUGGCAAUAUUCAUUCCUCUGUUUUCACUCCAGCUGAUCAACUCACUGUGUCCGGAGAUACCAAACCACUUAGAGAUCUCAAACCUAAAUACAGAGGCAAGUAUGUCUAGUACACACUCACUCUGCACCUUUGACUGAAAAUCGGGUGUUGAGAUUCCAUUUUUGGCAUGUAUCAUUAGAUUGUUAGGACUUGAACAAAAGUGUCGAGCUAUUUUGUUGCGAAAGUUGUAUGAUUUACAAUUGUAGGGGGAAGGUUUCCUUCCCAGGAAAAGAACAAGAGAUGAGGGGGGAAAAGAAAGAUUUGAUAGUACA